AUGUAUGGAGGUUUCCCGAUUUGGCGACCCGGCCCCCUCUGUUCUAUUUCCAAGGCUUGCUGUGUGGAUAGCUCCGAAACGGGGGAAUUGCGCCAUUGCAGCCCCUCCUUCUCAUGGCUCACCGCUUCGUGUUGCCCCAAUUGCUCUGGUGGAGACACACUUGCUACUGCUGCUGUUGCUGCUGAUAGCUUGAUAGGCAAAAAAAGCCACCAGAACAAUUCCAAGACCGUAUUCAGACGCUGCCCCCAUUUUGGACUGGGACUUGUGGUAGUGGUGGUGGUCAGUGUAGCCGCAGUGUACAUUGGUAAUCCUGUCCCAACAUUGAGAGAGAUCUGGAGAUGGGCUGGAGAAAGUUGA